AAUGAAGAUGCUGUCACGUUUGCUGAAGGAGCACCAGGCGAAGCAAAACGAGCGGAAGGAGCAGCAGGAACGACGUCGGCGAGAAGCCAUUUCCGCAGCCACUUGCCUUACGGAAGCCCUGGUGGAUCAUCUCAACGUCGGCAAAUCCCGAGCCGCCGCAGGUGCCAGCUGGCGGCUAUAAAUCCAAGGACCGCCUGAGUCUAACCCAGCAGCAGAAUCUAGCAGUGGCAAAAGGACGAGGGCACCUAAAAACCAUGGAGUAUAUAAUAGGUCGGAGACGGCGGCGGCCGUACAGGGAGCGAGUGUAUCGCCGCCGUAUCUCCUUUUUGCGGAUGACAGAGCAGGACUGCAGAAAUACGCUACACCUGUCCAGGGAGGUGGUGCAACAAAUCUGCCACAUUGUGGCCACCGACCAUCGGCACGACCCAGGUCCCUGCGCUCUCCCGGUGGCUGUAAAAGUCACGGCGGCUCUGGCUUUUCUCGCUGCCGGGUCUUUCCAACACACGGUGGCCUCGGUAUCAGGCCUCAGUCAGGCCGCCGUCGGCGCGGCCGUACAUGCAGUUUCCUCCAGUCUGGUCCGACACGCAAAUGAACAGAUACUCUUCCCAAUGUCACCCGAGAGCCAGCUGAGAAUCAAGCAAGAUUUCCUUCUAAAAUAUGGAUUCCCCGGGGUUCUGGGCGCGAUCGAUUGUACUCACGUGCAGUUGCGCGCACCAGAUUCCAAAGCUGUCACCUAUGUGAAUCGUAAGGGGGUCCACUCCAUUAAUAUCCAGGUCAUUUGUGAUGCCAACUGCCUGGUGACACAUGUGUAUGCCAAUUUUCCUGGAUCUGCACAUGAUUCUUUCAUUCUGGACAAUUCUGUCAUCCCUUCAGUCUUUGAAGGGGACGCGCCCAUGGAUGGGUGGCUGCUCGGCGACAACGGCUACCAAUUAAAACCGUGGCUGAUGACACCCUACAUUACAGCCACAACAAAAAGGCAGCGUGCUUUCAACCAUAUUUUCGGCCGUGCCAGGUCAGUCAUCGAAAGGACGUUUGGUCUCCUCAAAAUGCGCUUUCGAUGUCUGGAUCGGUCGGGUGGUACGUUACAAUACAGCCCGAAGAGUGUCAGCGCAUUCUUUGUAGCUUGCUGUGUUCUCCACAACAUAGCUAUACGCCAUGGGUGUCACUUUGACCUCUCAGAGGAGACAUUACAGGACUUAAGACAGAGAGAGGCGGAACUGCAUGUGCCGUGUCACCAUGGAGAGCUGCAGGGUGGACAGGAGGGGAGGGACCGCCUGGCAGCGAGCCUGGCUCAUGAAUGCGUGGCCCAAGCGUACGUCAACCAGCGCAAGCUCGACCACGAGGUGAAAACGCUCCAAGUGCAGGCCGGUCAGUUUUCCAAGCAGACAGCACAGUGGAUCAGCAUGGUGGAGGGCUUCAAUCAGGCCCUGAAGGAAAUUGGCGACGUGGAGAACUGGGCCCGCAGCAUCGAAAUGGACAUGAGGACAAUCGCCACAGCUCUGGAGUAUGUGCACAAGGGUCAGCUUCAGUCUGCUCCCUCGUAGACGCUUCGGAAGAGGUGCAACAAUGCUAAGAAGAACCAUAAAACAACUCAAUAUGACGUAGACGUGUCAGGCAAAAAGUGUGACUUGUCAAUUGGCAGCCUGCUUUGUCACACUUUUGUAUCAGUACGACGUCUGUCAGCUUCUUUACAAAGUAGACGUUAGCACUACUGAAACAACGGAUGAUGGAUUUCUAUCAGAGCGUUAUGACGAGGAACAUGUUUGUCUGUGCAAGACAGCUUCAUCUCUAAAUCAUGCAUGUCAGUAUUAAUGUGUAAUAUCUGUGAAGGAUAUGUGCUAUGAUGUCAGGUUUGAUUUAUUUGUUUUUAAUAAAGAGAUCAAAAUUAA